CUCAAGAUAAGUUAGCAAUUUCCGCCGGGCUGCCCUGAAUAUUGCUGGCCACCGGCGCUUCCUCGGAGUCCUCGGAACUCCGGAAACUCUGGGAGCUUUCAGCCCGCCCACCGGGGGAAAGAGGCCCGGGGCCGGGGGGCCAGGUAGAUCCCAGCCCCCCGGGUCCGGCGGGCCGCAGUACCGCCAGGGGCCUGAGGGGGGGCGCACGCGGCGCGGCGCAGCCCGAGGGGAGGGGGUGCGCGGGCGGAGGCGGUGCGCUUGGAGCUUCCUGUUCCGGCGCCAGGAGGAGUCGCGCGCUGCUGCUGCUGUUGCCGCCGCUGCUCUCGCCGCCGUCAGUCAGGCUGCGCCCGCUUCUUCAGGGCCCAGUCCCUCGGACCCAUCGCCGCUUCUAGACCCUACUGCGGUCUCGGAUCUUGCCGGGUGAGGCUGCUUCGGUACUGGUGGGAGUCGUGGAGGGGAAUCGGGGAGCUGGGGUUGCGGAUCCCGCGGGCGCGGCCAAGCGGGGAGCGGACGCGGUAACGGAGGUGCAUCGAGUCACGUCCAGUGCUCGGGCCGUGGUCACCUCCCUGGGACCGGAGCUAAGGGGUUCGCUCGGUCGUUUUCCUCCACGCUGCGGGCUGCGUCCGGAUCGCCCCCCGGAGAGAAGGCUUCGGAGGCCGCUGACGUCGCGGCCGACGGGUUUCUGGGCGCCUGACGUCAGGUCUGGCUGCGGGGCGGGGCGGGCGCGGGCCGGCCCCUCCCCCACUCCUCGGCUGGCGCGACCCGCUCCGAGGCCGGUUCGCUCCGGUUGAUCCCGGACUCCCUUUGUUUGUGCGUCCCUAAAGGGCUGCCGGCCUCGUGCCCCUUGGCCCCGAUUUCCCCUCUACCCACACUCCAUUAUACCCAUUCAUUAAUUUCUAAUAAAAAGGGAAAGGCCUUAAAAGAUUCUAAGAAUCUGGUACGCUUGUUAAUAAUCCGCAGUGUGACAACGUUCUGGUUAUGACUUGCUAGAGGAAUUGCUCACGGCUACGUUAGGUGAAUACCCAGGGCAAACCACGAGAAAGGCAGAUGUUCAGUGAUCUCCUUUUUUAGGACUGAGGCGCACAUACCUACGACAGCUUAUACAUAGCUGGAGCGUUUUCCUCUUUACCUCGAAAACCAAGAGUACAGCUUUUAAUAGGAAAAUGUCUGAUGAAUUUUCGUUGGCAGAUGCACUACCUGAACACUCCCCUGCCAAAACCUCUGCUGUGAGCAAUACAAAACCUGGCCAACCUCCUCAAGGCUGGCCAGGUUCCAACCCUUGGAAUAAUCCGAGUGCUCCACCUUCGGUGCCAUCUGGACUUCCAGCAAGUGCAACACCCUCUACUGUGCCUUUUGGACCAGCACCAACAGGAAUGUAUCCCUCCGUGCCUCCCACCGGACCACCUCCAGGACCCCCAGCACCCUUUCCUCCUUCCGGACCAUCAUGCCCCCCACCUGGUGGUCCUUAUCCAGCCCCAACUGUGCCAGGCCCUGGCCCCACAGGGCCAUAUCCUACACCAAAUAUGCCCUUUCCGGAGCUACCUAGACCAUAUGGUGCACCCACAGAUCCAGCUGCAGCUGGUCCUUUAGGUCCAUGGGGAUCCAUGUCUUCUGGACCUUGGGCACCAGGAAUGGGAGGGCAGUAUCCUACCCCUAAUAUGCCAUAUCCAUCUCCAGGGCCAUAUCCCGCUCCUCCUCCUCCCCAAGCCCCUGGGGCAGCACCACCUGUUCCAUGGGGCACUGUUCCACCAGGAGCCUGGGGACCACCAGCACCAUAUCCUGCCCCUACAGGAUCGUAUCCUACACCAGGACUCUAUCCUACUCCCAGUAAUCCUUUCCAAGUGCCUUCGGGACCUUCUGGUGCUCCACCGAUGCCUGGUGGCCCCCAUUCUUACCAUUAAGUUAACAAUGGACGAAGAGAUGACGCUUUGCUUUUUGAAGUACAUCUAUAUGCACAUGAAUGCAUAUAUAAAAAUUGCUGGUUUCACUAUUAGAGGGCAUUCAUGAAAGAACAACUCUUGCACCUCUCAGAGAAGAUAACUGCCUCUUGUACUUGGAUGUGUAGUACAUCAUAUGUAUACAAUCAGAUAAAAGCAUAGAAGUAAAUCAUUCGGAUGUGAUUUUUAUUUGGUUUUCAUGGAAAGUUAAAGUGAUUAAGUAUAUUGAAUAGCUCUUUGACAGAAUUUGUUUAAACUAUGAAACUACACACUUAAAAAUCUAAGAUGAUGUGUGGAUUAUUGUUAGAAUCUGCAACUCAUUGGCAAUUUAUUUCAAGUAUUUUUCUAUAAUCACUUUCCCCUCCAAAUAAAUACACUUUGAGAAUAACCCCCUCAUAUCUAAACAAAUGAUGCCUCUCAACAUUUUGAGCUGCUCUGUUGGAUAAAUAAACCUGGUCCUCUUGAGGUUAUAUUUUGGAUAUACAUUUUUAAACUGUCAGUAAUUAUUGUCAGAUGUAAAGUUCAAUAGACAGCCAGUGUUCAUUUUUAUCCUUGAGCUUUUAGUAAAAACUUCCUCGGUCGUUUUUAGUCAUAUGGGCCAUACAGCACUAAAAUCUGCUCUUUAUGGAAACUAACUUUUUUCUUUGUAAUCCAGGCCAACAUUUAUGUAAAUUAAAUUUUUAGAUAAUUGAUAAUCUCUUUGUACUACUUGAGAUUUGAUUAUGAGAUGUGCAUAUUGCUUUGGAAAGAGCUCAAGGAAGGAAAUAAUUCUCUCCUUUGUUUUGAACCUCAAACUAGAUAAACCCUAGGAAUUGCUUAAUUGCAACAAGUAGUUUUCUUGCCCACAAAAAACUGAGGCAGCUCUUGUGCCCAGGGCAUUCCCUGCAGCCACCCCCACCCCACUUGCUGUUUGUUCUUUAGAAGGAGCACAUCCCUUGAUUCCUCCCUGAUGCGGUAAACUGGCACACUGUAGAGGUGUAAAACAUAAAACAGUUGUGUUUAGAGAACCUUAAGUCAUGCAGAUAUGACUGUUCUCUUUGUACAAGUGUGAAUCAAAAUAAUGUAUCUUUCAGAGUCUAGUUAAGCUAUGUCAUUGUCUCCUGCAUAGUUUCCUGAGUUUUUGUAAAGUGCUUAUGGCUAACAGUUCAGUUCUGUAUUUGUUGACAGGUAAAUAAGUGGAGUUGAGUGCCAUCUUUGAAAAAAUUACCCUCUAGCUCUAACACUGAAAAUAAUAAUAAAUAGUAGAUCUCUGCAACUGAGUUUAAAGCAGUGUAACUGUAUUGCUUAAAUAUUAAGUAUUGUUUAUAACCACCAAAAAACAGCCCUAGUAGUUUUUUGGCACCUUAUGUUUAAAUCAGAUUCUUAGAUUUGGGGUAGACCUGACCUUGUUAUUUAUUAGAUAACAUUUUGAAUGUAUCCAUUGGAUUUCUAAAAUGUAUUGUGAAUUUUCUCAGACAAACAGGAUUUAUGCUGGAGCUCUGUUUUUGCUUAGAAAUAAAAUAUUUAGUUUAUUUCUGCUCUAAUUAAAAUGUCAAGAAUGCCAAAUGCUGCCAGUUUUUUGGUUUGAUAGCUACCUCCUUUUAAGAAAGCAGAAUGGUUACCUUUGAGAGGAACAUUCAGUAUUUAAGCCUCCAUUGUGUUAACGAGAUGAUAGAUUCAAGCAUUCAGAAAUGAGAAACUAAUUUGUUAACAUAUUUUCAGACUGGGGAAAGUUGUUAGACGGCUCUUACCGUAGUGACAAACGUCAUCAUUCUUUCUUUUACUUCUCUGUAAGGACAGGUGUAGCUAUCUACAAUACUAUUGGACUCUUUUCAAAGUAACCCCCAGUCGACAAGGCAGGUAGCCUUAGGAGUCACAGCUUGAAUUGUCGUCAAUAUCAAAAUGUCAAUUAACCAUGGAGGGAUAAAAUGAUCUGAAAAGUGAGAUGGCUGCAAUGAUACCUCUCCUUAUAGUUACUUUGGCUGUCCUACAUUGGGAUAAGCUGACAGCUUAGCAGUAUUUAGUUUAACACUACAGCAGAUAGAAUUUGACUAGGAAGAAGAGAUAGCAGGUUUAGGGUUCUAUUGAUCUGGGGUGAAAAAUCUGUUGCUAAAGGAUAUGAAGGGCUAUGAAUAUGAUUUGGGAUUACCACUCCCAGUAAGCAUUAAUUUGCUAGUGACCCAUACUGCCCAUGUGCCCUAAAUGAUACUGCCAUUGUAGUCCCUUUGUUUUCAAGGACUUUACGACUGGUAUUUUGGGGAUUUUUUUUUUUUAAUAUAAGAAUGGAGAUAAAAGGGAUAAUAGAAUUUGCUUUUAUGUUCUUGUUAUUUUUGUAAAGCAUCUUUUCUUCAAUUCUUGUUGGCAUUCUGGGCCAAAAAAGUAUUUUAGUUUGGUUCAGUGUGGAGUUAAGAAAGGCAGGAGUUUCAGUGGAGGAAUGGGGAACAGCCCAGAGUAAGGCUUUUUUCCUUUUUAAAAGGGAAUAAUGUUGCUUUCAAUACAAGACAUGAUAGGCUGAAAUUGGUUUAUGGAAAAGACUGCUUGUUAGCAAGUAUGUUUGGUCUUAGUGGAGAUACAGAUUGUAGACUAUGCUGACAUUUGGGCUUCAGAGGAACAACUUUCACAUACAUCUAACAGAAAUAGUUGAGAUGUGUUCAGAAAUACUGUUUCUGGAGUUGGAAUAUUAAGUUUUGAAAUGUUGAAACCAAAAAGACAAAAGUUAAAACAUAGACCUUAGGUCCUCUAUUAAGUUUUGAAAUGUUGAAACCAAAAAGACAAAAGUUAAAACAUAGACCUUAGGUCCUCAUUCACACAUGGUUCUCAAGAAUCAAGUGGAGUGCUUCAGAUACCUUGGCUUGUCUGUCCCAGCCUGCCACCACUUCAUCUUUUCAUGCUUUUGAAGACACCAUUUACAGCUCUGACUCAGCCCUAUUUUGUAUAAAGUAAUAUAUUGAUUAUUCAGGAAUAGACAAUACAUUUUUUAAUUACUCAAGGACUGACUUCCUUGUCUACUGUUGGUUGUCUUCAGUAGAGAAGAAUAAUAGGGCAGAGAAGAAAAGGAUAUAUUUUGCCUCAGUCAGUCACCACAACAAUGGACUAUUGGAAUAUUUUCUAGAAAACCAAUUUGCCCUUGAUAUAUUACCUCACAAAUUAUUAGUGCUACCUAUGGCACUCAGAUGUACAGCUUUUGAAACUGUGUAGAUGAAAAUAGCUCUACUCAGAGUUUUUGUUAAGACUGCCUACUUUAAAUAUCAGUUGCCUACACUAUUAAACAGUAAGUGCCAAUGUCUCAAUUCUCUCACCCUGAAUGACAGAAGCUAGCUUUAUCAAAUGCCAGGGUUAGAAAGCCUGGAAAUUAAGCACAGACUUUCAAGUUUUUGAAAACCAUAAGCCUAAAUUCAGAUAAAUCACACUGAUCUAUUGUACUAUGCAUAGAAAGUUGUAUGUGGCUUUCAGGGAAGACUUUUUCGAUUUUAAUAAAGCAAUAUUUAGUAUUGAAGACAGACACUUCAGAAUUCUGCCAUGUAAAACAAAAAUUGCCAAUAAAAAUCAGUAUUUUGUAAAUCCCAGGCAAGCUUGUAGCUAUCGAAAACAUCUGAGUCAUUGAUUCAGUAGAUGCUAUUGUCAUUGAUCCAGGUUCUUCGCCAGCUAUGAGGGAAUCCCUGUCCUUGAGAGGCUCAUAAUCUAGAAGUAACAUUAUGGAAUUGGUUAGCACACCAUUCAUUAUUAGUUUACCUAGAUAAACGUGUUAGGGUUGCUGCUGGUGGAAAUUAUAACCAGCCUUUGGGCAUUUUAAAGGGCAACAUGUGGCAUACCUUUUCUAAAAACUAAGAAUAAUUAAUGUUUUUCAAGAUUGUGGUGUUGAGCACAAUUCAAGUGUGCAAAGUAGCAGGAUAGUUUGUUGGCCUCUUCACUUUACCCCUGGAUAAAGGCACUUUCACUGCCUGUCACUGAUGAACAGAUACUGAUUUGUUGCCAUGAAGUAAACUUGACUGUGUGCUCUAUGAAAGUUCUUUGUAAUUUUCUUGAAAUUGUGAUUUUUCAUUGACAGUAAUGACAAAUUUAAUGUUUGUAAUUGUCUAUACAUUUUAAGUUAAACUGCCUAAAAUGUGAUUUGAGACAUAUACAUUUGUUUGUAUUAUAAAUUGUAAGCAAUCAGUUUGAGUACUAGGUUUUAUCACCUGCUGCUGUAUUUGUAAACAAAGAUAAAUGUUGCUUUAAAAAGUAAUUAUAAUUAGGAAUAGGCUAUGGAUGUGAUACUUGAUAUUUUUUAAGAUAAACUUGUUUGCUUUUGUGUAUUAUACCUGAAAACUUUUUUAAAAAAUGUAUUUUCAUGGUU